CCCUUCUUUUUCUCAUUACCAUUCAUUUUUCAAACGACUCUUAAAACACAAAUUAAAUUUACUAUUCUUCUCAAACCCAAAAAAAUUAUGGGCAUUUGUACUUCUUGCCAAUCAACCUCAGUAGCAACAUCUAAAUUAAUUCUACAAGAUGGAAGACUUGAAGAAUUCUCAUACCCUGUUAAAGCUUCUUAUAUUUUAUCAAAACAUCCAAACGUUUUUAUAUGUAAUUCCGAUGAAAUGGACUUUGACGGCGUCGUAUCAGCCGUUCGACCCGAAGAAGAGCUUCAUCUCGGCCAGCUUUAUUUCAUUCUCCCACUUAACAAACUUACUCGACCUCUUCAAGCCGAGGAAAUGGCGGCUCUAGCCGUUAAAGCUAACGCCGCCUUGUUGAAAAGUCAAGCCGGUGAUAAAUGUAGAUGUCGGAAAAAUACGAGGUUUUUUGGUGGUGAGAAAGAGGAUAGAUCUUCUGCUAAGGUGGCGGAUGUGGGGUCAGCUGCUGGUAAGAAAAUGAGGAAUAUGGGGAAUCGGAAGAAUGGACGGAAGAAUAUGUUUGUUGCUAAUUUGACAGCUAUUCCUGAGUAGGACGCAUGGAGAAGAGAUGAUUUAAUUUCGGAUUAAUUAGGAUUAGCUUGUGAAUAUUAAUUGUAAAAAAGUUAGAUUAGAUUUUGUUGAGUGUUUUUUUUAUUUUUACAGUAGUUACCAAUUUUGACGAUGGAUGGGUUUUUGCCCGCACUUUUGUCCUCAAUGGAUGAAUUUUAAGAGAAGUUUCUGAGAA